AUGGCGGGCGCCUUUGGGUUGAAAGGCUGCCAGAAAAUCCGAGGUCCGCAGAUCCGGAGUCUCCUGGAGGCGAAGGACUUCUUCCUCUUCGACUGCGACGGGGUCCUCUGGCACGGUGAGAACGCCGUCACGGGCGCGGCGAAGGUGGUCAACGCGCUCAUCCGCCACGGGAAAAACGUCGUGUUCGUCACCAACAACAGCACCAGGCCGCGGGAGAAGUACGUGCACAAGUUCUGCCGGCUGGGCUUCACCGACGUGGCGCUGGAGCAGAUCUUCAGCUCGUCGUACUGCUCGGCCCUCUACCUGAGAGACGUGGUCAAGGUCCGCGGGCAGGUGUUCGUCAUCGGCUGCGACGGGCUGCGCGCGGAGCUCCUGGAGGCGGGAAUCCCCUGCCUGGAGGAGGCGGACGACCCGGACGCCACCAUCUACAACUGCCCCCUGGCCCCGGACGUCAAGGCGGUGCUGGUGGGACACGACGACAAACUGACUUUCCUCAAACUGGCCAAAGCGUCGUGCUACCUGCGGGACCCGGACUGCCUGUUCCUGGCCACCGACACCGACCCCUGGCACCCUCUGUCCGGCGGAAGGAUACUGCCAGGUUCCGGGUCCCUUACGGCGGCCCUUGAGGUUGCCUCGGGUCGCAAGGCCACGGUGAUCGGCAAGCCCAGCCGCUUCAUGUUCGAGUGCAUCUCCAGCCAGUUCAGUGGGGUGGACCCCGCCCAGUGCCUGAUGGUCGGGGACCGCCUGGAGACCGACAUGCUGUUCGGCUCCAACUGCGGCCUGGACACCAUGCUCACUCUCACCGGCGUGUCUCAGAUCGAAGACGCCCAGGAGUACAGUAAUAGUGACCUGACCACCAACCACAGCUUUGUGCCCAAUUACGUGGUGGACACCAUCGCGGAUUUCCUGCCGGCUUUUGAGGAGCUGGAGGAACAGAGCAACUAA